AUGCAUGUCAUGAAAGGAUUCGGGCGAGUGCUGUUGCGAGCACCACACGCUUUCGAGUGCUCAUCGGCAUUAGCAAGUUCUGCAUCCUCAGCUAAAAGCGAGCCAACAGAUUUGGUUCACAUCGACCAGCAUUUUCAAUCUGUUCCCAAAGUCAAAAGAAAUAAGGAAACCUUUCUCGCUGCCAUAGCUGCUUUCAAGGAGAGACGGCCGCGAGGGCAUGUGGAGUUCAUCAAUACUGCUCUGAAGUACGUCAAGGAGUACAAUAUUCAUAAGGAUUUGGACGUUUAUAAAGCUCUACUGGAUGUCUUUCCCAAGGGCAAAAUGAUCCCUCAGAACACAUUUCAGAGGAUAUUCCUGCACUACCCCAUGCAGCAGAAUUGCUGUGUUAAAGUACUUGACGAGAUGGAAUGGAAUGGUGUUCAACCGGACAAGGAGAUACAUGACAUUGUUGUGAAUGCUUUCGGCGAGUGGAACUUUGCCACGAAAAAGGUAAAAAGGAUGCUUUAUUGGAUGCCCAAGUUGAAAUAUUCCAACAAGCACUUAGAUCGUAGAAAUGUUGAAGGAAAAGCUCUUUCACCUCCGGAACUCGCAGGAAUUGCUCUAAAAAUGAUGAGUAGAGAUCCCGGUACGGAAAUAUCAUUGACCAGACUAGGUCCGUCUACAGCACAAGAGCAGCCAUGGUUUGCAACUGCCCAAAGCCUGACGCAGAAAAAUCUGAUAAGGAAUCUCAGUGAAGAUACCGAGGUAUUCGUGGAUGGUCCUUUCAACGUAUACGUGAUGGAGCAUGUAGUAAAAUACAUAGUGAUGACUAGCGCGCCCACUUAUCCCAAAACUGACGAUUUCAAAGAGGAGAAGUUUGAAGAGGACUUUUCGAAUUGGUUUUCGGAAUGGAAACGGGAAAGACAUGAGCGGAAACGAUCAGUUCAUGAGCAGAAGAAUGAGACGAUUCUUGCGAUGGGAGCGCUAUACAAUUUCAGAAGUGAUAACGAGACAGCUUCACUGUGGCUAGAACGACUUGUGGAGGAUAACGUAAAUCUGAAGAAGCUUAAAACAAGACUGCGGCUUGACAGAGUGAGAGUGAAGAAACCCGAAAAUACAAAGACAUAG